CUAGCUCAAUCCCUAUAAAUACAUAUACUGAUAAAACCUGCAGAACCCAGAAAUAACAUAUAUAUAUAUAUAUAUUCAGAACAGGCCAAGCAAAUUAGAAUUGUUGUGUAUAUUGUGUUUGUUUUCUUCCAGUUUUCAGAUUGUUUAUAGCUAUAUCAUAUCUAGCUGGCGAAAAUAUUGUACUGGCUAAUUGGGAAUCGAGGAACAUGGAGAAAAUGAGUUCUGAGGAUGGAGAUCGUUACCACCAUCGACAUCAUUACUCUGAUACAGAUGUUUUAGGGUCCGAGAAAGUGCCCCAUAGUGGUCCAUUGAGCGGACCAUUAAACAAAAAGGUUGCAGCAGGGAAGAAAACUGCCCACUUUAACAUUCCAGACUCCAGCUCUUCCAACGACGACCGUUACGUUGAGAUCACCCUCGAUGUUACUGCCGAUUCGGUAGCGGUUCAGAGCGUAAAGGCUGCGAAUGGUGGCGAUUUGCAGGAAGAUCCUGAGCUGAGUUUGCUGGCUAAAGGUCUGGAGAAGAAAUCUAAGGUGGUGAGGAAUGCUUCGGCCAAGAUUAGGCAGGUGGGGCACGAACUCAAGCGCUUGACAUCUUUCUCCAAGAAGCCUGCUCGGUUCGAUCGGACUAAAUCCGCAGCGGCUCAUGCUCUCAUGGGCCUCAAGUUCAUUAGCAAGAAUGAAUGUGGACAUGGAUGGGAGGCUGUUGAGAAGCGGUUUGAUGAUAUCACUGCUUCCAACAAUGGAGUUUUGCCUCGUUACCGGUUCGGUGAAUGCAUAGGAAUGGAGUCUAAGGAGUUUGCACUGCAGUUGUUCGAUGCACUUGCUCGAAAACGAAACAUUCAUGGUGAUGCCAUCGAUAAGGCUCAUCUGAAAGAGUUUUGGGAUCAGAUCUCGAAUCAAAGCUUCGAUGCUCGCCUUCAAACUUUCUUCGACAUGGUGGAUAAAGAUGCAGAUGGAAGAAUAACAGAACAAGAAGUCAAAGAAAUUAUUAGUCUCAGUGCAUCUGCAAACAGACUCUCAAAUAUCCAGAAACAAGCUGAGGAAUAUGCAGCUUUGAUUAUGGAAGAAUUAGACCCAGACCGCCUGGGGUACAUCAUGAUAAACAACUUAGAAAUGCUUCUGCUACAAGCACCAAACCAGUCAGUACGAGGCGAAAGCCGGAAAUUGAGCCAAAUGCUAAGCCAGAAGCUUAAGCCUACAUAUGACGGUAAUCCAGUUAGGAGAUUCUGCAGGAACACCAAGUAUUUCUUGCAAGAUAACUGGCAGAGAGCUUGGGUGACGGUUUUAUGGAUUGCAGUUAUGUGUGGGUUGUUUGCAUACAAAUACAUCGAAUAUCAAAGGAGGGAAGAUGUAUUUAAAGUACUGGGGAAUUGUGUUUGCUUUGCCAAAGGUGCAGCUGAGACAAUUAAACUGAACAUGGCACUGAUACUGCUACCGGUAUGUCGUAACACCCUCACCUGGUUAAGAAACAAGACGAAACUAGGCGUUGUCGUUCCCUUCGAUGACAACCUCAACUUCCACAAGGUUAUAGCAGUGGGGGUUGCAUUUGGGGUUGCCAUACAUGGGAUUGCCCAUUUAGCAUGUGAUUUCCCUCGCCUGCUUCAUGCCACUCCAGAUGAAUAUGUACCAAUGGAACAAUAUUUUGGUGAACAAGCCAAAAGUUACUGGCAUUUUGUGGAGCACGUUGAAGGAAUAACUGGGGUACUAAUGGUGAUUUUAAUGGCCAUUGCAUUCACGCUAGCGGCACCGUGUUUCAGGCGGGGUCGGAUCAACCUCCCAAAGCAUCUAAAGAAACUAAGUGGCUUCAAUGCCUUCUGGUACUCCCACCAUCUGUUUGUCAUUGUUUACACUCUCCUUAUUGUACAUGGAAUUAAGCUCUUCUUGACCAAGAAAUGGUACAAGAAAACGACUUGGAUGUACUUGGCAGUUCCAAUUAUCCUUUAUUCAUGUGAAAGAUUGACAAGGCUGCUUAGGUCAAGCAUCAAGGCUGUUACAAUACAAAAGGUUGCUGUUUAUCCUGGAAAUGUAUUGGCACUUCAAAUGUCAAGGCCCCAUGGAUUUAGAUACAAAAGUGGACAAUACAUGUUUGUCAACUGUGCUGCAGUGUCUCCAUUUGAAUGGCACCCCUUUUCUAUUACUUCAGCUCCCGGGGAUGACUAUCUGAGUGUGCAUAUUAGGACACUUGGUGACUGGACUCGACAACUCAGGACAGUGUUUUCGGAGGUGUGUCAACAACCUACUAAUGGAAAAAGUGGCCUCCUUAGAGCCGACUGCGUGCAUGGAACUAACAUCCCAGAUUUCCCAAGAGUGUUAAUCGAUGGACCAUAUGGAGCACCGGCACAAGACUACAAGAAAUACGAAGUGGUUUUGUUGGUGGGUUUGGGGAUUGGAGCAACCCCCAUGAUUAGCAUUGUGAAGGACAUAGUGAAUAACAUCAGGGCCAUGGAAGAAGAGGAAGAAGAAGAGAAAAGUUGUGGUAUAGAUGAAGGAAACGGGGUUAAUAAAACGAAUUCCACAUCACCAAAUUCAAAAAGGAAAGAAAACUUCAAGACAAGGAGGGCAUACUUUUAUUGGGUGACGAGGGAACAAGGUUCCUUCGAUUGGUUCAAAGGGAUAAUGAAUGAAGUGGCUGAAAUGGACCAUAACCAUGUAAUCGAGCUUCAUAAUUACUGCACAAGUGUGUAUGAAGAAGGCGAUGCUCGCUCAGCUCUCAUUACUAUGCUUCAAUCACUCAAUCAUGCUAAAAAUGGGGUCGACAUCGUCUCUGGUACGAGAGUAAAAUCCCACUUCGCCAAGCCUAAUUGGCGCAGUGUCUACAAGCAUAUUGCUGUCAAUCACAACAACUCUCGAGUGGGGGUUUUUUAUUGUGGGGCACCGGCGCUGACAAAAGAGCUUCGCCAGCUAGCUUCAGAUUUCUCCCACAAGACGUCCACCAAGUUUGAUUUCCAUAAAGAGAACUUUUAAUCCCAUGCCAGGGUCCCGGAUAAGGAGAACCUAAAAAAGAAAUGCUUUGGAGCUAACCAGACUCUAGAGACAGUUACAAGCACCUUCAUCCCACUGUGUCUCUCAAUUGUACAAAGAUCUUGGACCCGUCCAUUUACAAAUUGCUUUUCUUCUUUGUAAUCUUGCAUCCAAGUUUUCUAAUCCAAUAAAUUCAAAAUUUUCGCA